AUGCCAUUGCCGGGUAUGAUAAAUGAACCGUUGUUCGAUAAUGCCCAACCUGAACUCAAAAGUCAACUCAGUUUACGAGAUAUCAUAAGAAAGACCGAUGCAAAACUACCAGCGGACAUUAUUCCUCUCCCGGCUGAGUUAAUAUACGACAUAUUGGACUAUCUCUCCGUGGAAGAUCUCAUCUCAUUCGCAUUUUGUCGAUGGGAUUUCUUUCAAGCCUCAGUCGACUUCCUAACGCAUAAAGUGGAGCCUGCACUCCAAGAUCUUGAUUCGCUCGUGGAACACUUCAACAAGAAGAAUUGGCCAAGACAGUGGCUACGGGACAUAGUUCAGAAGUCCGCCAGAUCUAAAAGACCGAUACUACGGGACUUCGAUGUCCUCAUAGCACUGUUCGAAGACACAAAGUUGCCUGAAAACGAACUGCGAGAUAUUGUCCAUGCGUGCGCCGAUUUCCAAUUGCCAAUAUUGCGCAGCUGUCUUCGUUUUGGGCUCAAUGAAGCGGCCAGUGUUUAUUUGCUGAGAAACCCACACGCGAUUUUCGAUACAAAUGAGGUUCAAAUGACUGCUCUUCAUAUUUCAACGCUGUCCUGUGCCACGGAAUGUAUUGAAGCAAUCGAGACCAUUCUUCGAGAUGUGCCAGAACUGAAGCGAGUAGAUUAUGUUAAUCAGCUUGAUGAUACCAACCAGACUGCCUUUGAUUAUGCGAUGAAUAUCUCUCCUCUCGCUGUCAUUGAUGCACUCAUCCGUGCAGGGGCUGCAUUUGACAAUCGCGACCGCCUGGGUUAUACACCGCUAAUGAAUGCCUGCCAUUUGGGACGUGAUGAAGCCAUUGAAUGCUUGGUUAAUCACGGCGCUGAUAUCACCGCCCCUAACGUCUUCAACCAAUCGGUCUUGGAGAUUAUCAUGACGGGAGAUAGCCAAAUGAAGCAUAGCCUGUUGAAACGCUUAGCCCCGCGUGCCAGCCAGACGCAGCUGAAUAGAGCGCUUUGGCAUGCAGUCAACAACGAGAGUGAGAAGGAGUUUUUGGGUGUCUUAUUAGAGUGCGGUGCAGACCCACAAUAUGUGGGUCUCUCAGAAAACGCCGUUCGCCUUGAUCAGGAGAGUCCUCAAUCUUUCGAAAAUGUCGCGGGCCGUCCUGGAAUACCCGCACACGAGCACUUGCAAGAAUUUCGGACAACCAAUGUCUCUGAACCACAGAUGGCCGCUCCAACGAGUUCGGCUGACGGAGACUUGUCGAUUGAAGGCGGAAAUGAAGAGCGCGAUGAUGGCGUUUUGGCCAUGAUGAAAUCCUUGAGCGUCAAUGAUGGAGCUCGUAAGGUUGAUGCUUGGUGCUAUAUUGGGAAAGGUAGGUUCUCCAUCGUGCGCAUCGGUCCAUUGGAGAUGUGUAAGUACAUAUUUGAGAAAGGAGUGUAUGGAAACAUUGCUUCUCUCCAAAAUGUUUCCGACUCGCGAAGUCGCAUAUCGCAUAUCACAUACACAGACGAAAUGGGACUUCCUCAGCGCCGAUAUGGACGGGAUAACAUCAAAGGAAUUGCUGGUGUGGUUAUUGCUGAAAGAUCAUCGUGGAAGUAUUCCCGAAAAGCCCCGACGAUCUAUGUCAAAAUCAAAUGGGUUGGUAUUGAUCACCGUGAUUCUGUGUUGUGCCCCCAUAGUUAUAGCUGGAUCACGAGAUCUGAUUUUCUACAAAUGGUCGGCCGAGCUUUUGGUGAUUUCCAUAUUCAAAGGGCUUGGAAGAGGAAAGAAGAACGAUACCGUAAAACAAACCAAGUUGAUCUCUAUUCAACUUGA